AUGAAGUUUUUUCAUUGUGUAAAGAAUUUGAAUAUUCCAAGAGGAAAUACUUUUAAAAAAUUGUGUAAAUAUGACAAGACAAGAGGAGAGAUUAAAGUACUGAUAAAUAAUUCAUUCAUUUCGAGAAAUACUGCAAAUGAACAUAGCUUGUGCGAGAGUGGAGGAGGGUGUAAGAACAGGAGGUUCCACACCACGAGGGAAGAUAAUAAAUUAGGAGAUGAUUUGUUGGAUAAAAAUGACAUGACAGAUGGAAAAGUAGGAUAUAGAAAUAGCCAACCUGUGGAUGAUGUGGCAAACGAAUAUGAGAAAAAAAAAAUUAGCAGGUUUUACUUAGAUAGUCAGGCAACCACCAUGAUAGAUCCCAGAGUAUUAGACAAAAUGCUACCUUACAUGACAUACAUAUAUGGAAAUGCACACUCGCGGAACCAUUUCUUCGGAUGGGAAUCUGAGAAAGCAGUUGAAGAUGCAAGAAAACAUAUCCUUAAUUUAAUAAAUGGAAAAAAUAAUAAAGAAAUUAUAUUCACAUCCGGUGCAACGGAAAGUAAUAAUUUAGCACUUAUAGGAAUUUGUACAUACUAUAACAAACGAGAUAAUAAAAAAAAUCAUAUAAUUACAUCCCAAAUUGAACAUAAGUGCAUAUUGCAAACAUGCCGAUAUUUACAAACGAAAGGAUUUGAAGUAACUUAUUUAAAACCUGAACAAAAUGGAAUUAUAAAAUUAGAAGACAUUAAGAAUAGUAUAAAAGAUAGUACUAUAAUGGCUUCUUUUAUUUAUGUGAAUAACGAAAUCGGAGUGAUACAAGACAUUGAAAAUAUUGGUCUUUUGUGUAAAGAAAAAAAUAUUUUCUUCCAUACUGACGCGUCUCAAGCAGUUGGUAAAAUCCCCAUUGAUGUUCAAAAAAUGAAUAUUGAUUUGUUAUCCAUAUCAGGUCAUAAAUUAUACGGCCCCAAAGGAAUCGGGGCAUUAUAUAUUAAAAGAAAAAAACCCAAUAUUAGAUUAAAUGCAUUAAUACAUGGAGGUGGACAAGAACGAGGCUUACGAUCUGGAACUUUACCAACUCAUUUAAUUGUAGGCUUAGGGGAAGCAGCAAAUUUAGGUUCAAUCGAAAUGAAUCGAGAUAAUAAAAAAAUGCGUUUUUUUUUUGAUUAUGUAAAAGAUUAUUUGUUGAAAAAUUUAGAUUAUAUUGUAUUUAAUGGAUGUCAAGUAAAUAGAUAUUUUGGGAAUAUGAAUAUUUCUUUUUUAUUUGUUGAGGGCGAAAGUUUGUUAAUGUCUUUACAUGAAAUUGCUUUAAGUUCGGGUUCUGCAUGCACAUCCAGUACACUAGAACCCAGUUAUGUGUUACGAUCUAUUGGAAUAUCAGAAGACAUAGCACAUACGUCCAUAAGAAUUGGAUUUAACAGAUUCACAACAUUUUUUGAAGUGCACCAGUUGUGUGACAAUUUGGUUAAGUCUGUUAAGAGAUUACGAAGUAUCUCACCUUUGUACGAAAUGGAAAUGGAAAAAAAUUCCCCCAAUGACACUCCUCAAUUUGUGUGGACAUAG